CGCUGACGAGGACGGGGAGAAGUAAUAAAAAGUUUUUGCAAACUUUUCGCGGCUCUUCUUUUUUUCUCCGCGAUCGGUGGAGACUUCGUUUCUCUGAGUUUUACUUUUUUAACGCGUCCCUGUCCCUUAGCGCCUGAUUUUUCAAUUUUUUAUUUUUUUUUUUAUUUUUUUUUUCGCCCCCUUGUUCCCCCUCGGCCACUUUCUCGCAUGAAUCUCCUCGACCCUUUCAUGAAAAUGACAGAAGAACAGGACAAAUGUAUCUCCGACGCCCCCAGCCCCACCAUGUCGGAUGACUCCGCCGGGUCCCCCUGCCCCUCUGGAUCCGGCUCGGACACGGAGAACACCCGACCCCAAGAGAACACCUUCCCCAAGGGGGACCCGGACCUGAAGAAGGAGAACGACGAGGACAAGUUCCCGGUGUGCAUCCGGGAGGCGGUGAGCCAGGUGCUCAAGGGCUACGACUGGACCCUGGUGCCGAUGCCGGUGCGGGUGAACGGCUCCAGCAAGAACAAACCGCACGUCAAGAGACCCAUGAACGCCUUCAUGGUGUGGGCGCAGGCGGCUCGCAGGAAGCUGGCGGAYCAGUACCCGCAUCUGCACAACGCCGAGCUCAGCAAGACCCUGGGCAAGCUCUGGCGGCUGCUGAACGAGAGCGAGAAGCGUCCGUUCGUGGAGGAGGCCGAGCGGCUGCGGGUGCAGCACAAGAAGGACCACCCCGACUACAAGUACCAGCCCCGGCGGAGGAAGUCGGUGAAGAACGGGCAGGCGGAGCAGGAGGAGGGCUCCGAGCAGACCCACAUCUCCCCCAACGCCAUCUUCAAAGCGCUGCAGGCGGACUCGCCCCAGUCCUCCUCCAGCAUCAGCGAGGUGCACUCGCCCGGGGAGCACUCGGGGCAAUCACAGGGUCCCCCCACACCGCCCACCACCCCCAAGACGGACCCGCAGCCGGGCAAGCAGGACCUGAAGCGCGAGGGCCGCKCGCUGGGCGAGGGCGGCCGGCAGCCGCCGCACAUCGACUUCCGCGACGUGGACAUCGGCGAGCUGAGCAGCGACGUCAUCUCCAACAUCGAGACCUUCGACGUCAACGAGUUCGACCAGUACCUGCCGCCCAACGGGCACCCCGGCGGCGCGGCCGCGCACGGCCAGCCCGGCCCCGUCACCUACACCGGCACCUACGGCAUCAGCGGCGCCGCGGGCGCUCCUCCGGCCGCCGGCCACGUGUGGAUGUCCAAGCAGCCGGCACAGCCGCCAGCACAGCCCCAAAACACCGGGCUGCCGGCGCUGAGUGCGGAGCAGAACCCGCAGCAGCAACMGCAGGCACAGCAGCAGCAGCAGCAGCAGCAGCAGAGGACGCACAUCAAGACGGAGCAGCUGAGCCCCAGCCACUACAGCGAGCAGCAGCAGCACUCGCCGCAGCAGCUGAGCUACAGCUCGUUCAGCCUGCAGCACUACAGCUCGUCCUACCCCAGCAUCAGCCGCRCUCAGUACGAGUACGGAGAGCACCAGGGCUCGGGCUCCUACUACAGCCACGCCGCCGGSCAGGGCAGCGGGCUCUACUCCACCUUCAGCUACAUGAACCCCUCGCAGCGCCCCAUGUACACCCCCAUCGCAGACACGGCCGGGGUGCCCUCCAUCCCCCAGACCCACAGCCCGCAGCACUGGGAGCAGCCCGUCUACACGCAGCUCACCCGGCCCUAAGAGCGGCCAGAGAGAGAGAGAGAGAGGGAGGAAAAAAAGAGGAGAGAAAGAAUUUGAAAAAAAAAAAAAAAAUUAAAAAAAAAAUUGAAGAAAAAAUAAAGAAAAUUAGAAAAGCGUGAAAGCAGCAAGAACGGAGAGUUUCCUCGGACUGGUUCCUUGUUUGAAGUUGAAAUGAUGAUUCAAAAGACACUCACGUGGAAGCUGGCGGGGAGGGGAGAGCGCCUCGAGCCUUCUGCACUACAGCAUCCUCCAGGACCCGCCCCGAACCCCAAAAUUUGGGACAGACUUGCCAAGGACUGGACUCGAACUCUGCUUCUUCCAGCRUGGAGAGGAGAUUUCCACCCAGCCCGCCCAGCUGGCUCCUUCUCUGGACUUCUGUAAUGAUUUUUUUUUUUUUUUUAGCAGUAAUUAAAAGAAAGACAAAAAAAGAAAAAAAAGGAAAAAAAAAUGGGGGGUAAGAGAGAAAACUCAGAGUCCUCUGUGAGGAAUAUUCUCUAUUUUAAAUAUUUUUAGUAUGUACUGUGUAUGAUUCGUUACCAAUUCGAGGGGAUUUAUACCUAUUUUUUAGAGAGGGUUUUUUUUAAAUGCUCUUAUUUUUCCAACAGCUAAAAAAAUGACACUUAGUGGAGCAGCCCUAGGUUUUCUUGCAGAGGUAUUUUUGUAUAGAGAAGUGUCUUUUUUUGCUCUAAAAAUGAAACUAAACCAGCGUGCUCUGCCCUGGGAACCCAGCUCUGCCCCUGGGCAGCACCGGGGCAGGGACCAGCAUGGGAGAGGCUUUAUUUUUCUAACUCGUAGCAAAACCAGCCAGGAGGAGAACUUCACUUUAUUUUUUAAUAACCUUGAGCCUUAAAAGAAAAACAAAAAGAGGAAGAAAAAAAAGAAAAAAAAAAGAAGAAAGAAAUCUGAGUGAGCAGCCCCAGAGCGCUGCAGAGAAAAGCCUUAAAGCAGCCCCGUGAUAAUCAUUGGCCCUGGGCUGGGGGGCUGAGCCCGACCCCUCCGGGCACCCCCCAACCCAUCCCAGGGUGCCAAACCCCCCUCUCUGCCUGGGGGAGACAUCACAGACCCUUUUUAAAUUAUUUAUUUGGGGAGAAGAGCAGCUUUUAAUCACGAUUUUGCUUUGUUUUGUUGCUGUUGUUUGAAUCUCCCUUCUCAGUCCUUUCAGAGGCAUCGCAUUAGUGGGAGCAUUAUUUGGAAGGUAACCGUGCCUGUUAAAUUAUGGUCUGAAACUGUAACCAGUCCUUUAUUUAUCUCUUUAAUUCCUUUUGGUUGUUGUUAUUAUUAUUAUUAUUAUUCUUUUUGGAAUCUGUGUCCUGGGUUUGUACAAACUUUGUGC